UGAGAGUGGGCAUGAGUCUCUGUGGUUAUAAAGUUGUGGGCAGAGCGGCUUAGAGUGGAUGGGAAAUGAUGGCUGAUGAAGAGGAAGAAGUCAAGCCGAUCUUGCAGAAAUUGCAGGAACUGGUGGAUCAGCUCUAUUCAUUUCGAGACUGCUAUUUUGAGACUCACAGUGUUGAGGAUGCUGGGAGGAAGCAACAGGAUGUGCGGGAGGAGAUGGAGAAGACCCUGCAACAGAUGGAGGAAGUAGUGGGUUCUGUCCAGGGAAAAGCGCAGGUUCUAAUGCUAACUGGGAAGGCACUGAAUGUGACUCCUGACUAUAGCCCUAAGGCUGAGGAGCUUCUGUCAAAGGCUGUGAAGCUGGAGCCUGAGCUGGUGGAAGCCUGGAACCAGCUGGGUGAGGUGUACUGGAAGAAAGGAGAUGUUGCAGCUGCCCACACCUGCUUCUCAGGAGCCCUCACACAUUGCAAGAACAAAGUCUCCUUGCAAAACCUGUCAAUGGUGCUUCGCCAGCUGCGGACUGACGCUGGAGAUGAACAUUCUCGUCAUGUCAUGGACAGUGUCCGACAGGCUAAGCUGGCUGUGCAGAUGGAUGUCCAUGAUGGCCGCUCCUGGUAUAUUCUGGGGAAUGCAUACCUUUCUCUUUACUUCAAUACUGGCCAGAACCCUAAGAUCUCCCAGCAAGCCCUCAGUGCCUAUGCCCAAGCAGAGAAGGUUGACAGGAAAGCUUCCAGUAAUCCUGACCUUCAUUUGAACAGGGCGACGUUACAUAAAUAUGAAGAGAAUUAUGGGGAGGCCCUGGAGGGCUUCUCUCAGGCUGCAGCCCUGGACCCUGCCUGGCCAGAGCCCCGGCAACGAGAGCAACAACUCCUGGAAUUCUUGGAUAGACUAACCAGUCUCCUUGAGAGCAAGGGAAAGAUGAAGACCAAAAAGCUGCAGAGCAUGUUGGGAAACUUGCGCCCAGCCCAUCUAGGCCCUUGUGGUGACGGGCGCUAUCAGUCAGCCUCUGGGCAAAAGGUGACGCUGGAACUCAAGCCACUGAAUUUGCUGCAGCCUGGUGUGAACAGUGGUGCUGUGGUCCUGGGAAAGGUGGUGUUUAGCCUUACCAUGGAGGAGAAAGUCCCCUUUACAUUUGGCCUGGUAGAUUCAGAUGGACCUUGCUAUGCCGUGAUGGUGUAUAAUAUGGUGCAGAGCUGGGGAGUGCUUAUUGGGGACUCUGUAGCCAUUCCUGAGCCCAACCUCCGGCUUCACCAAAUUCAGCACAAGGGAAAGGACUACUCCUUUUCCAGUGUUCGUGUGGAGACGCCCCUCCUGCUGGUGGUGAAUGGGAAGCCUCAGGGCUCCAGCAGCCAGGCUGCUGCCACUGUGGCAUCGUGGCCACAGUGUGAAUGACCUUCCCUGACUUGCUCGCUAACGGGGGAAUGGAGCAGAGGAGAUAAGCUCAAGGCACUCUGCAGCUGGACCAGACACAUCGAGUGACUCCACUGGGAUGGGGGGAUGUUUAAAAUGAAGGCUUUACUUUCCUCUGUUCUGUAAGAUACUGUGUCUCUUCUGUCUCCCCUAUUACCCUGUUGCAGUUCUCUCCAGGGCCACAUGCUCCCCUGGUAUAUUUCUCCUGCCUUGUUUACUGCUCUCUGUUUUAAGCUAAGAGCAUGAAAUUGGUAGAAGUGUUGGGAUCUUGCCAUGGGACAGAGUCCCCGAGGUUCCUGUUCUUGCCUCCUUCCUGAGCCUUGUGUAUAUAUCAUUUCAAUAUUUAUUGCUGAGGGAGGGGGCUUAAUUUUCUAAUGGCCUUGUUUUUGAGCAAUUUUUAUUUUUAAAAUUUAGGUCCUUCCCCAUCUUUGGGGCUGGAACGGAAUUAAAUUUGUUUGGAAAAAAAAA